CUGAACUGCUGGAAUUCUGUGGGCAGCCAUUUUGUGUACAUAUGACUGGAUGGUACACGGCCUGCUUUGCGCUAAGCUUGUUUUUCCUUCUUGCUCAGACUGCACAUCCUUUCAAUUUCUUAUUGCCAAGCCAGGACACUGCACUGGGGCAGUGGUGGCUGAUGGGACGGGGCAGUGCUCUGCGUUCCCGCCAGGUGCUCAGCACCUCACAGCACAGCAGCCUGCCCGCCAGCAUGGAGCCGGGCCGUGGCAAGGCGAGGCUGCAUGUGCAGCAUGUUUACAUCCACAGCUUUGGCUCCCACCGCUGUGGAUCUAUCAUCCGCUAUGGCAAGGGCUGCCAGCAGGCUGAGAGGAACGGGGCUGGGAGCCUGCUUUCCCGGCAGAGCCUCACAGACAGGAGCAGGGGGCAGAGGGCUGCCCAGGUGCUGAGGGAAGAGGCUGACCUUGAGAUGAUGGCUGCUGCUGAUGGGGUGCAGGCCACAGGGAGCUGUAGUGGGGUGAAGCACGUCAGUCUGCGCUGUGGUGGCCCUCGAAAGGAAAAGGCUGAUGCCUUUGACUUCCCCUUCCCUUCAAGAAAUGUUGAAAAAGUAAUUAAACGAAAGAAGAAGGAGUCCAAAGUCUGGCUUAAAGUCUGGAAAGUAAUUUCAAAAAUGCUUGAAGAAAAUGAAAAGUUCAGAUAUCGACUGUUGAGUAGCAGUCAGUUCAGUGGAGAAGGCAACAAUGCAAACCAAAGUUCACAGAAGGGCUCCCCCUGGACAGGGAGUCCAUCUUUGGUUGGGUGUAGCAAGAAAAUAAAGGAAGAUUCAGGCCAAAAGGAAAUAUAAAACUACUGAAAUUGUUUUCAUCUAGAUCUUACUAAAAUUAGUGAGAAGACUACAAAUGAUUUGGAUGAACACUGUUUCUCUGUUGUUUGUUUGGCAUAUAUGUUUCUGCUGUUCAAUAGGUUUGUUUUUAGAGAGGCUUAAAUAGCUUGUUGCAAGAUAUUUGAACUCAUUAAGUCUGAUAUUUCACUUAGUUAUUAGUUUUUGAAAGCUUUUUAGUGAGCAUAGUAUUGUGACAGUUUGCUUGUAAAAGAAUAAAGGCACACAUUUAGUGUUGA